UAAACGCUAUUUUCAUUUGUGUAUCUGGAGGUUAUGUUUACAUUGUACAUUUUUCAGUCUUGCUGCUUCAUAAUUUACAGCGAGCAAUUAAUACGUUUUAAUUAGCUUACAAUGCCACCGACUAUUCAGAAUUCUACAAAUCCACCCGAAAAGCGUCCGGUGAAGCCCGCAGAAAAAAAGUCAGAAUUAAUCUGCAGAGUGAAAUACUGUAACACAUUACCAGAUAUACCAUUUGAUUUGAAAUUUAUAUCAUACCCCUUCGAAUCAUCGAGGUUCAUUCAGUAUAAUCCUACUUCGUUGGAACGAAAUUACCGUUACGAAGUACUCACAGAACAUGAUCUAGGGGUGAACAUAGACUUAAUUAACAAAGAUGUAUAUGCAGUCGAGCCAGGAGCAUGUCUGGAUCCGGCAGACGAGAAACUUUUGGAAGAAGACAUUCUCACUCCACAAGAUUCAAAACGAUCACGCCACCAUGCUAGAUCGGUAUCAUGGUUACGAAGAACCGAGUAUAUCUCUACAGAACAAACUCGUUUCCAACCGCAAACCAUGGAUAAAGUUGAAGCUAAAGUUGGCUACAGUAUUAAAAAGAAUCUUAAGAAUGAAACGUUAUACAUGGAUCGAGAUUCACAAAUAAAAGCGAUCGAGAAAACGUUCGAGGAUUCUAAAAUUGCAAUUGAAAAACAUUAUAGUAAACCAAAUGUUGUACCGAUUGAAGUUUUGCCAAUUUAUCCUGAUUUUAAAUUGUGGAAAUAUCCUUGUGCUCAAGUUAUAUUUGAUUCAGAUCCGGCACCAACAGGGAAACAGGUACCUUCACAAAUUGAAGAAAUGUCGCAGGCAAUGAUUCGUGGUGUCAUGGAUGAAAGUGGAGAGCAAUUUGUUGCCUAUUUCUUACCGACUGAGGAAACAUUGCAAAAACGUCGUGAAGACUUUACUAAAGGUAUACCUUAUCAAGAUGACGAAGAUUACGAAUAUAAAAUGGCUCGUGAGUACAAUUGGAAUGUAAAAAGUAAAGCGAGUAAAGGGUACGAGGAAAACUACUUUUUGGUCAUCAGGCAAGAUGGUGUUUAUUACGACGAACUAGAAACCAGGGUUAGACUAAGCAAGAGACGACAGAAGCCUGGUCAACAAACUAGUAAUACUAGGCUGGUUGUUAAACAUCGCCCUAUGGAUGCAGGCGAAUUUCGUAUGCAACGCUACAGAGAGAAGCAGCUUGAACCUGCAGGAGAUGAUGACGACGAAAUGGAAAUGGAGCAGGAACAAGCUGAUGAUGAUGAACAAAUGGACCAGCAAAAUAAUGAAAGUCAAGCGGAAUCAGAUCAAGAAAAACAAGACAAUGAAGGAAAUGAAACUGCUCACGAAAGUGAAAAUGAGAAAAGUAGUGGAGAUGAGGAGUCGAGAGCGUCAUCAAGAUCAUCAAAUCGUUCUGCAAAGUCAGCUUCCAAAUCACCAUCACGUUCAAAAUCACGGUCAGCAUCGAGGUCCAGAUCGACUUCGAGAUCAAAGUCAAGAUCGAAAUCUAAAUCAGCUUCCCGGUCUAGAUCACCAUCAGGAUCAAGAUCUAGAUCCCAGUCACGAUCACGUUCAAGGUCCAAAAGUAAAUCACAAAGUCGUUCGCGUUCACCUUCAAGGUCAAAAUCGCGUUCGCGUUCUGGUUCAAGGUCAGGAUCAGGGUCAGCUUCUGGAUCUGGAUCAGAGUCUGGUGGGAGAUCGGAUAGUGAAUAAAUGCUUGAUAUUUUAUAAUUUGACUCUUCAAUUAUUUAAGAAGUACCUACCCUACUGUUUAUUUUACCUUCCCUGGGUUUUGUAGGUUUAGGCCUUAUUUUACAGUGUGUAUAAAAAUAGAUAAAUUGAAUUGUAUAAAUAAAUAUUUAGUAAAAUAAAAUUACAAUGUUCUCCUUUU